AUGGAUUCAGAUGAUGUGAUGCUUGUCAGCGCUUGGCUAAACACGAGCAAGGAUCCUAUAACUUCAAAAGAGCAAAGACGUGGAGCAUUUUGGGGAAGGAUUGCGGAUUACGUUGCCAAAUGUCCGAAUGUUCUAGCCUCGACAAGGGAGAAAUCUAGUGGGCAGAAUGAAGAUGAAAUUAUGAAGCUAGCACACCAGAUCUUCUUCAAUGAUCACAACAUUAAAUUCACCUUGGAUCAUGCUUGGCGAGAGCUUAGAUAUGAUCAGAAGUGGUGUGCGUCCACAUCUCCUAAAGGGACUAGAGUGAAAAGGACACGAGUGUGUGAGGAUGGUUCUGCACAUCCUUCAAGCUCUCAAGCUCCCAUUGAUGUCGAGGAUGAACCAAUGAUGCAUUGUCCUACUGGUGUUAAGGCUGUAAAGGUGUUGAGAGGAAAGGCUAAGAAGAACAUCAACACUAAAGCGCAUGUAGAGGGAGAUGCUAAAGCUUUGUUGGAGUUUCAGAUGCAAGAGGUUGAGAGGAUGUAUGAGAUGAAGAAAAAAGAUUUUGCUUUGAAAGAGAUGAAGUUCGCUAUGAAAGAGAAGCAUAACAAGCAUGUGAUGCUUGAAAAUCUAAUUGCAAACAAAGAUUCACUUACUGAAUCGGAAAAAGCUUUAAAGGAACAAUUUUUUGAUAACAUGUUGUCAUCAGUUUGA